AUGCCUGCCUCAUCUCAGAUACCUCUGGUCGUUCAGCACUUCGUCAGUGACCGGGCCAAAAUGACCCUUGACUUGGUCGAACAAUUUGUCGAAAAAGACUGUAUCCCAGCCGAACCCAUAUUUCGAGCCCAACUCGGACAGGGCGAGCAACGAUGGACCAGCAAUCCUGCCGUCAUGGGCACACUCAAAGCUAAGGCUCGCUCCCUCGGCCUGUGGAACAUGUUCCUACCCAAGAACCGCUUCUCUCAGGGCGCUGGCUUCACCAAUCUUGAGUAUGGUUUGAUGGCUGAGUACCUAGGCAAGAGUAAACUGGCCUCGGAGGCUACAAAUAACGCUGCCCCCGAUACUGGUAAUAUGGAGGUACUGGCCAAAUACGGCAAUGAAGCCCAGAAGCGCGAAUGGCUGGCCCCGUUACUCGAGGGCAAGAUCCGCUCAGCCUUCCUCAUGACUGAACCGGAUGUUGCCUCGAGUGAUGCCACCAACAUACAGUUGAGCAUUCGCCGGGAGGGCAACGAAUAUGUGCUGAAUGGAUCGAAAUGGUGGUCCUCCGGCGCUGGUGAUCCCCGUUGCCAGGUCUACCUCGUGAUGGGUAAAUCUGAUCUUUCACAGCAGGAUCCAUACCGCCAGCAAUCUGUCAUCCUUGUCCCCGCCAACGCUGCUGGCAUCACUGUGCAUCGCAUGUUGUCUGUCUACGGUUAUGACGACGCUCCGCACGGCCACGGCCAUAUCACAUUUGAGAACGUGCGCGUCCCCGCCUCCGCCAUGGUGCUAGGCGAGGGCCGAGGCUUCGAGAUUAUCCAGGGCCGUCUAGGCCCCGGCCGCAUCCACAUUGCCAUGCGAACCAUUGGUGCCGCGGAAAAGGCCCUCGAGUGGCUGAUCGCCCGCAUCAAUGACGAUAGUAGGAAGACCUUCGGGAAGAGCCUGUCGGCCCACGGCGUUAUCCUCGAGUGGGUUGCCCGUUCACGGAUCGAGAUCGAUGCCGCCCGUCUCAUUGUCCUUAAUGCUGCUAUCAAGAUUGACCAGGGUGACGCCAAGUCUGCUCUCAAGGAGAUCGCCCAGGCCAAGGUCCUCGUGCCCCAGACGGCCCUAGCCGUUAUCGACCGUGCCAUCCAGGCCUAUGGCGCGGCUGGUGUCUGCCAGGAUACCCCUCUCGCUAACAUGUGGGCCAUGAGCCGCGCCUUGCGCAUUGCCGACGGGCCGGACGAGGUCCAUUUGCUGCAGCUUGGCCGUCGCGAGAACCGCGCCCGCAAGGAUGCCAUCGCCGCGAAGCUGGACUGGCAGCGUGCUGAGGGACAACUCGAUUUACAACAUCACUCGUAA